UCAUUACUUUUUUAUGGCGAAAACAAAGAAUAUCUACGAGAACAUCCAUGCAAUAUCAGAGUUUCAAGCAAACAAAGAUGGAAAACCUGGCGUCGUGUAUUUCAACAUUAUUGUACACAAACAUCUAUCCAGACACAAUGAAGUUAGCUAUUGAUGAAGUCCAGACAGGUAGAUCUUUUCCUGAUAAAAUGAGUUCGAAAAUAAACGGAGAACUGACAUGCAUAUCCCUAACAAAUUUCGGAAGUUUGGACGAAGAAAAGAUACAGACAAAACAUCCAUCAACACAAACAAAGAAAACAAGUAGUGAAAUAUGCAGCAAUAAAACUAUCACAGAUACUAAAACGACAAAUAUACAUCAUUUUCGUAUUGGAAAACAACUCGAGUCGACUGGUAUUUUUGAAGACACGUAUAAGAUAUUCUCGUCUGAGUCGUUACCGUCUUCUACAGUUGCAUCACAUGUCAUUCGUUUUGUUGUAUCCAGAGUUGAUAUAAAACAUCGAUCUAUUAUGCGAAAAUGUUUUCUUGAUAAUGAAAGAUGUGUCUUUGAAAAAGAUGUGAGCAAUCCACUGCGUUACUUAGAGACAUUACUUCAAUUUAUACAGACGCCAGUCAAUCAAGGUAAUAUUACCACAUGUAAUAUGACGAAAAUUUACGAUCAAUACGUUGCAUUUGCUGCAUUCACAAUUGAUGAUUUAACUAAUAAAACUAACGACAUCGACCCAGAAAGUAAUCUCUUUAAUGACAUAGAAGCAAUCGCAUCAAAAACAUCAUGUCCUGAUGUGACUCUAUGCAUGUUGUACGGACGCAAGGCUGUUGCAUAUUCGUUUAAAAAAAAAAAAGCAGAGGGAGAAAACAUGAGAAAUAAGGCAUUGAUGUGUGCAGAAAACGUUGGACCAUGCCUCGAAAAAGUUGAUAUGUUAUAUAAACUAGUUUUGUUCAGUAGAGCAUGGUAUGAGCAUAACCCCGAUGAAGAGCUUGCGUUCAUAUUAGAAUAUACAAAACAAGCUUUAGAUAUAUUAGCAGCAAUAUACUUGGGAGAUGAUCAGCGAAGUCUAUGGCAACAACGGUUUGAAGUUCGUUUACUUUUUUGUUAUGUAGGUAUCGGCAUGCGCGGUAAAUUUAUUUCUACCUACAAAUUAAAGAGCACACAUGAAAAUGAGGCAAAUAAAUUACUGGAUUUAUUGAACGCAAGUGAUUUAAAUCGUCGCCUUCAAAUGUUAGUCAAUGUUGCAAAAUCACGUUUGUACCAGUUGAAUUCCGAAUUCGAAGAAGCUAUUUUCUAUAAUAAAAAAGCCAAGAUUAUUGCAAUAGAGAAAAACUAUUGUGAACGCGAAGAAAUUCGUACAAAUGCCAAAAAAUUGAGACGGCAUUAUAUUAAAAAUGCAUGACCGCCAUCGGAAGCUUUUGCUUAAAUUGGUAGUGCAGAUUAUUUCGAUUAAUAAUGUUUUGGGGUAUUUAUUAAUAAAGUCAAAUCAAACUUGCUAAACCCAAAUAUCACAGUAUUAAUUAUUAUGUCAGUCACAUCACUAUAAAUGUACUAGCUGGAAACACCAAGUGACCAACAAUCUUUCAUGAAUAUCUGUACUUCAUCUGAAAACAACAAGGUUGCAGUACUGUACAUAAAGUAGGUAAAAUGAAUAAGUGUAUUUUCAAAUGGAUCGUUUAAAGGUUAACAUUAAUAGCAUAUUUAAAUAUAAGAAGAUGUGGUAUGAGUGCCAAUGAUACAACUCUCCAUCCAAGUCACAAUUUACAAAAGUAAACCAUUAUAGGUCAAAGUACGGUCUUCAACACAGAUCCCUGGCUCACACCGAACAGCAAGCUAUAAAGGGCUCCAUCAAUUACUAGUGUAAACCCGUUUAAACGGGACAAAAAACGGUCUAAUAUAUGUAAAAAACGAGAAUCGAGAAACACUUAUGAACCACAUCAACAAACGACAACCACUGAACAUCUGAUUCCUGACUUAGGACAGGUGCAAACAAUUACAGCGGGUUUAAACGUUUUAAUGGUACCAAACCUUCACCCUUAUCUGAAACAAUAGUGUAACAUCACAACAUAGAAAGACAGACUAUAAAAUAUCAAUUGAAAUGACUGAACUCAAUCAAAAGACGUAGUUACACAAGUGAACAUAUACUGAACGAAUAAAUUUAAUCUUUGAUGCAAUGUAAAUACAAAAUUAAUAAAAAAAAUAAGGGAUGAAUAAUUACAGUAAAAGUAUUAUACCACUGUGAAAUGUUAAACAAUUUCAGAAAAACAUCAACCUUGAAAAAAAAUUCCGCCAUUUGCAAUAAUAUUACAUUCCCUGUAACGUAAAAGUUAACACUUUUUUUCAUUCGGGAAUCGUACGUACAGCAUGUACAGCGUUCGGGAAUCGUUCGUUUAGAGUCCGUUCAUCGUUCGUACAUCAUUCGUAUAGCGUUCCUACAACGUUCGGUCAGCGUUCGUUCAUCGUUCGUUUAUCGUAUGGUAAAUGUCAUCAUUUAGGUUUUUGUAUAUCGUAUGGUUUAUAGUAUCGUUAAGUGCUUUAUUUGUCGUAUGGGACAUGGUAUGGUUUAGCGUUUUGCGUUUCGUUUAUCGUAUGGUACAUGUAUAUGAUAUCGUUUAGCGUUUCAUCUAUCGUUUGGUAUAUCGUUUUGUUAAGCGUAUGGUAUAUGUAGUUAUUUCAAUUAUUAUUUGAGUUCAAAUAAUUUAAUAUAAAAAAUUCGGCAUGAAAAAAUAAACAAUUAUCAAAUUGGAUUGAUUGAUAGUUGGUUGUAUAUCUCAAACAACUAAACAGAUGCCCAAUUUUGGCAAGGUUUUUUUUUACUGCCAGCCGGAAGAAGACCUGUAGUGACCAUGUUUCUAUCCCCUUGUCACCCUUUGGACUAUAUUAGAUUGGAAAGAUUGGAUUGGAAACAUUUCACUUGUUAAUUAAAGCAAAUAAGUUAUCUUGAUUAGGUCUUUUCACUUUUCCGUGGAAAGACCUAUUGAUUUUGUUCUGAUUAUUAUUUCUUUUCUUUCGCCUAAUUUUUGUUCUUGCACAGUAUUGUUGUUUCGCAAGAUGUCGCUUAGAUAUUUGGUAUAUGAU